UUCCCUCAACUCCUAGAGGACACAGCUGAGCAAAAUCCCUGCCAGCCCAUGGAUGGCCCCGGGAUGGAGUCAGAAGGCAGAAUCAACAAGACGAUCUCUUCUUUAAUGAGCCAUAAAAGGAACUUGACAUAUUUGCCCUACUACCAGCACUCCCCGCCUGUUGCCGCUAUCUAUAUAAUCUCCUACUUGUUUAUCUUCGCCUUGUGCAUGGUUGGGAACAGUCUGGUUUGCUUCAUUGUGCUGAAGAACAGCCGGAUGAGAACAGUCACCAACCUCUUUAUCCUCAACCUAGCCAUCAGCGACCUGCUGGUUGGGAUUUUUUGUGUGCCCACCACACUCGUGGACAAUUUAAUCACAGGCUGGCCCUUCAGCAAUGGAAUCUGCAAGAUGAGUGGGCUGGUUCAGGGCAUGUCUGUGUCCUCGUCUGUUUUCACGCUGGUGGCGAUUGCCGUGGACAGGUUCCGCUGCAUCAUUUAUCCCUUUAAAUCGAAGCUCAGUCUGCUCAAGGCCCUGAACACCAUCGUGGUCAUCUGGGUCCUGGCCAUCACCAUCAUGUGCCCUUCUGCUGUCAUGCUCACGGUGGUGCAGAUUGAGGAUCACUACAUGGUGUACAAUGACAACCAGAGCCUGGCUUACCCCUUGUAUUCCUGCUACGAGGCCUGGCCCAACAGCGAGAUGCGCAAGGUCUACACCACUGUCCUUUUUGCCCACAUCUACGUGGCCCCAUUGACCCUCAUCAUGGUCAUGUACGGUAGGAUUGGCGUCAAACUCUACAGGUCAUCGGGCCCGGUGAGCAAGCACAGGGUGGAGAACCAGGAGUGCUGCAGUGCUGCUGUCUCCAGGAGGAAGGUCAAGGUAAUCAAGAUGCUCAUUCUGGUGGCCCUGCUCUUCAUGCUUUCCUGGCUGCCCCUGUGGACCCUGAUGCUGUUCACAGACUACACCAAGCUGGAUGACGACCAGAUCGACCUGCUGACGGGCUACAUCUUCCCCUUCGCGCACUGGCUGGCCUUCUCCAACAGCAGCGUCAAUCCCAUCAUCUAUGGCUACUUCAAUGAGAACUUCAAGCGGGGCUUCCAGGCAGCCUUCAAGUUCCAAGUUUGCUCGGAGGAGAUAGGGCAUCAUGAGGCCUAUUCGGAGAAGGUGACGGGCAGCACCAGUGGCUUCAGCACUCGCAACAAGAUCUUCACGGACAGGGAAUCCUCCGACUCCGUCUGCCUCAAGAAUCUGCAUGCCAAAGUCCCCUGCCCCGUGCAGAAUGGACAGGCCCAGAAACAGGGACUUCACCUGCAGGAUAUUGAUAAAAUCACCCCUUUGAACAAAGUCUGCAAAGCAUGGGAUGAGUGA